CGCCCCGCCCCGCCCCGCCCGGUCCAGACCGCACUCCUCCGUUCCCGUCCCGCGGCGUCCCGCCUGCGCGCCCCUCGCACCCUUCUCGCCUGUGGCGCCAGCCGGUGCUCGCUGCUCAUCCAUGGCUCAGCACUUCUCCCUGGCCGCCUGCGACGUGGUCGGCUUCGACCUGGACCACACUCUAUGUCGCUACAACCUGCACGAGAGCGCCCCGCUCAUUUAUAAUAGCUUUGCCCAGUUCCUGGUCAAGGAGAAAGGGUAUGACAAGGAGCUGCUCACUGUCCCUCCAGAGGACUGGGAUUUCUGUUGCAAGGGCUUGGCCCUGGAUCUGGAAGAUGGGAACUUCAUUAAACUUGGAGACAAUGGCACAGUGCUCAGGGCCAGCCAUGGCACAAAACUGAUGGCUCCAGAAGCACUGGCGGAGGAGUACGGCGGGAAGGAGUGGAAGCACUUCAUGUCGGACACUGGCAUGGCUUGCCGAUCAGGAAAAUAUUAUUUUUAUGAUAACUACUUUGACCUGCCAGGAGCUCUUCUAUGUGCCAGAGUGGUGGACUCUUUAACAAAGCAGAACAAUGGUCAGAAAACAUUUGAUUUUUGGAAGGAUAUAGUUGCUGGUAUACAACACAAUUAUAAAAUGUCAGCUUUUAAGGAAAACUGUGGAAUAUAUUUUCCAGAAGUAAAAAGCGAUCCAGGCAGAUAUUUACACAGUUGUCCUGAAUCUGUAAAAAAGUGGCUUCGACAGCUGAAGAAUGCUGGGAAAAUUCUUUUGUUGAUUACCAGUUCUCACAGUGAUUACUGUAGACUUCUCUGUGACUAUAUCCUUGGGAAUGAUUUUGAAGAUAUUUUUGAUAUUGUGAUCACAAAUGCAUUGAAGCCUGGUUUCUUCUCCCACUUACCGAGUCAAAGGCCUUUCCGGACUCUUGAGAAUGACGAGGAACAGGAGGCACUGCCAUCUCUUGAUAAACCUGGCUGGUACUCCCAAGGGAAUGCUGUACACCUUUAUGAACUUCUGAAGAAAAUGACUGGCAAACCUGAACCCAAGGUUGUUUACUUUGGUGAUAGCAUGCAUUCAGAUAUCUUCCCAGCCCGUCAUUACAGUAACUGGGAGACAGUCCUCAUCCUGGAAGAGCUCAGAGGGGACAGAGAUGGGAAGCCUGAGGAAUCAGAGCCUCUAGAGAAGAAAGGAAAAUAUGAGGGACCAAAGGCAAAGCCUCUGAAUACAUUAUCUAAAAAAUGGGGCUCUUUUUUUAUUGAUUCAAUUCCAGGACUGGAAAAUGCAGAAGACUCCUUGGUUUAUACAUGGUCUUGUAAGAGAAUCAGUACUUACAGCACUAUUGCAAUUCCAAGUAUUGAAGCUAUAGCAGAAUUACCCCUGGACUACAAAUUUAUGAGGUUCUCUUCAAAGAAUUCAAAAACAGCUGGCUACUAUCCAAACCCUCCAUUGAUUUUAUCAAAUGAUGAGACACUAAAAACCAAAUAAUCUUUACUGAAGAAUGAAGUGAAGAACCAGAUAUGCAGCACAUGUACUGUAAAAAUGUUAAUUUUCAAAAAUAUACUGUAAAAUGAACAAAUUCUUAAUAAAUACUGACCAAGGUGUCAGUAUGUUUUUCAAUAGGUCUUCUUUCUAUAUAGAUUGCCUUGACACCCAACAACUCACCUUAUAUUGAAAUCUCAGUAUCUUAGAACUGAAAAGAUCUUUAUUUAUAUUUUCUAUGCUAAUAACUCUGACAUUAGAAUUCACCCUGGGGAGAUAUGUUUGCACAUCCACACAUACAUAAACACACACAUAUUUUCACAUAUGCCUAGACCAGUAGUUCUCAAAGUGUGGUCCUCAAACCACUAGCAUAGCAUCACCUGAGAAUUUGAUAGAAAUGCAAAUUUGCAGACCCCACCCCAGACCUACAGAAUCAGAAAACCUGGGAAUGGGACCCAGCAAUUUGUGUUUAACAAUAGUAUGUUUCACACAAAGUUUGAGAACCACUAUCUAGACCAUAACCUCCUAUUGGUUUAGUUAGUCGGGAUAUAGAUGAACAUUGACAUCUUUAAAUGCCCUGGGAAAAUGCAGCCAGAAGUGAGAACUGAUCUACACCUGUUCCUUCAAUUUAUAGCCAAGAACAGAAUUCACUAAGAAUAAAUUACUUUUUUCACAUGAUCAGGUUUUAUUCUGUUACUGUGUUUUCCAAAAAAAAAAAAAAGGCAUGAUUUCUUCUGAGACCACACACACAGCCAAUAUGGAACAAAAAUGAUCUGAAAUGGGAAGCCAACUAUUUUAACUUCCAGGGUUACCAGGUAGGGUUUGUCUCCCCUAAUAAUGUUGGAUUCAUUUUCAUUCACUUAAAGGCAUGUAUCCUCAAUGGGACAAAAACUGGUUCUUGGAAAAAAUUUUUGAUAAGGGAAUGGAUUGUAGCCUUCCAAAGUUUAACCCUACCCAAUAAAAUCUUUUUUCUUAC